AUGGCAGGCGCCCAUGGCGCCGCCGUCCUCAUCCUGCUCUGCGUGCUUGUGGCGUCUCAAGCUCCGGUGGCGCACGCCCAGGCCGGCGAUUCGGUUGAAGGAUUCACAAACCCGUUCGGAGAUGAGGCGGACGGCUCCUUGGACCUGGGGGGCUGCGCCUACGGCCAGCUGGACCCAGCGGAGUACCCCUUCUACGACGUCAUGCUGGUGGCCCCAGGGAGCGCGUUGGCCGCCGGGAACACGCUCAACGGCUGCGGCUCCUGCUAUGAGAUACAGUGCGCAGACCAGGGAAGAUGCAAAGGCACAAAGACCGUGACUGCCAUGGUUGGAGGGACAUGCAGCGAGGGAUGCGAUGACAGUAGCUUCAACCUGCAUGUGAAUACCUUUUCCCAGCUAUCAUCUCCCCAGGACGGAGGCAUUAGUGUUCGGAUCAGAAAGGUCAGCUGUGCACCAGGAGAGAAUAUCCUUGUUACGGUGAAUGAGUACCGGGCUACAGAAGGGGGAUACAUCAAAUUGGCCAUCAGGAACGUCCCCGGCGAUGGCGGGCUAACAGCGCUGGAGAUAAAGGGAUCAAAUGAGGCUGGUGGGUGGAGAAGCGCUGACAAUACAUUUGGCGCGGCCUGGGAGGCCAGCCUCAUUCCCAACCCUCCGCUGGACAUACGGAUCACAAACACGAAAGGGGAACGGCUCAUUCUCAGGGGAAUCAUCACGACGCCCGGCUUCCUUGGGGACGCCCUGUCAGACGUGCAGUUCGGCAAGCCCUCGAACGCGAGCGAGGCACCGUCGCGUCCAGACGCUUCUCCAGCAGCCCCCGGCGCCUCACCAAGCCCCGCUGCGCUUCCGCGUCCCUCUCCGUUGCCUUCUCUGGUCGCGUCUUCCCCCUCCCCGUCACCAAUCACCCCUUCACCCACAUCUGUGCCCGGAACUACAUCCCCAACAGUGGGCGCCGUGCCCAGUGGGUCCACAAGCAGCGCUCCCGCGACUGCACAGGCGGCAGGCGGGCCCCCCAGACGCCCAACUUCAACUUCGCCUUCGCCUUCGCCUGCGAAGGAGAUGGAAGAGGCGAAUUCGCCUCUGCCACCGGGGCCGGCAGCAUCCAGGCUGCUGGACUCGCCGUAG